AGUUUUCAGUCCAUUCAUUAGUAAAUUAAAAAGUUAGUAUUAUUAUUGGGUCAUUAUCAACUGGAAAAGUCGUUUUGUAUGAUUUUCUAAAUCUACGACACUUAUUUUAAUAGAAUACACAAAAAAUACCUUCGUUUCAGCUUAUGGAAGUAUACUAAAAUAUCAAAAUGAAAUGGUUGUAUUUGUGUUGUUUGCUACUGAUUCUUCAAGUCUGCACUGCUCCCCCAGUGGAGAAAAAGAAAGAAGAACCUGAGGAUUCAGAAGUAAAUGGUUUAGAAGAUUAUAUGGAAUAUCACAGGUAUCUAAAAGAGGUUGUGCACGCCUUGGAAUCAGACCCGGAUUUCAGAGCAAAACUAGAAAAGGCUGAAGAAUCCGAUAUUAAAUCUGGAAAAAUAGCAGAAGAAUUAGAAUUCGUCUCGCAUCACGUCAGAAACCGUCUAGACGAGAUCAAGAGAGUAGAAUUAGAGAGACUGAAGCAUUUAGUUGAACAAAAGAGGAAAUUGGAAGAUACCAACGCCAUAGACACCGAAGACCCGACGCACAACCAUCUGGACCACUCGAAUCCACAUACUUUCGAAAUUGAAGACUUGAAGAAACUGAUUGCUAAAACUGCUCAGGAUUUGGAUGAGGCUGAUAAGAAAAGAAAGGAGCAAUUUAAACAGUACGAAUUAGAAAAAGAGUAUAAGAAAUUAGAUAAAUUGAAUCAUACCAAUGGAGACGAUAGGCAAAAACUAGAAAAAGAAUAUGAAGAAAUGGAAAACAAGCAUAAACGUCAUGAAAAACUCCACGAACCCGGACACAAAGCUCAGUUGGAGGAAGUAUGGGAAGAACAGGAUCAGAUGCAACAGGACUUCGAUCCCAAAACCUUUUUCAUGCUUCACGAUAUCGACGGUAAUGGCUUAUGGGAUCAAGAUGAAGUGAAAGCUUUGUUCAUUAAAGAAUUAGACAAGAUGUACCAGCAAGGUGCUCCUGAAGACGAUUGGCGGGAAAGAAUGGAAGAAAUGGAAAGAAUGAGAGAAAGCGUUUUUAGGGAAAUGGACACAAACCGCGAUGGGUUUAUAGACUUCCACGAAUUCUACCAACAAACCAACACUAAUGAUUUCAAACAAGACCAUGGAUGGCAAGGUUUAGACGAACAAAAACCGUACACCGACGAAGAGCUAGCAGAAUACGUUAGACAACACGAACGGUACCAACAGGGAAUUCCCGAAGCUUACCAUCCUGGAGCUUAUCAAGUUCCUCCCGCAGGAUAUCAACAACAUCCACCUCCAGGAGCAGGAUAUCAACAGCCACAUCCAGCUGGAGGUUACCAACAACCUCCACCAGCCGGAUAUCAACACCAACCUCCAGCAGGGGGAUACCAACACCAACCUCAAGCAGGAGGAUACCAACAACCGCCACCACAAGCAGCAGGAUACCAACAACAACCACCACAAGCAGCAGGAUACCAACAACAACCACCACAAGCAGCAGGAUACCAACAACAACCACCACAAGCAGCAGGAUACCAACAACAACCACCACAAGCAGCAGGAUACCAACAGCCACCACCAGCAGGAGGAUACCAACAGCCACCUCCAGCAGGAUAUCAACAGGUACCUCAAGGUAGCUACCAGCAACCCGCAGCUCAGCAACAACAGCAACACGUACCACAGACAGGCCAACAAGCUCAACCACCUCAGGGAGUACAACAACCUCAGGUUGUCCAGCAACAAAAUCAACAACCACAGGCACCACCCGUUCACCAAAAUGAUCUGAAUACCAACGAAGUACACCCGCCUUCGGCUCAACAGGUACCUGCAGCUCAACAACAUAACGUUAAUCAAGGAAAUGUUCAACAUUAAGUACUGAAUAUAAAAUUGUAGACUUUCAUCGUUUAAUGAAUAUAAAUAAAGACUUCCUUUACAAGACAUUUAUAGAUAGUAAUAUUUUAUUGAAAAGAUUUUGUGAUAAAAUUUUAUGUUAUCUCUUUUUCAGAAACUAGUCCUAGCAUACUAUUUUACAAUUUGACGAAAAAUCGUAGCAUUUAAUGUUUCUCAUUUUCUCAGUGUAGUUUUUAACUGUUUUAUACUUGAAAAUAUUUUGAGUAAAUAA